AUGCUGAAGGAGAACCGCUUGGAAUGGAAGACACUUCAACUCAUUUGCGACAAGCACCCUAUCACGUAUAAACGAGCUGCAAAGCAACACGUGCUAUGUUCCAAACGAUGCUCCCAUAUCGGCAGCUGCGUGGACACUAUAUGCGCAGGGAUCAACACGACCCUUCUUCCGGACCUGAUGGAAGCCAAACUCUUCCCCGGGGUGACACACUGCGUUGAGAGUUGCGGAGGACCACGCUGCGGAUGUUUCUACCUCAGCAGCGGAUGCCUAUUCUGCCGCGUCCUCAUGAAACCUGAGAGCACCGAAAUCUUUGAGAUAUUCAGCUGCCCACGCUGGAGAGAGGAAGUCGUUCUUCACAUAACAGUGACAACGGAUAAGAAGACCACCGUGAACGAAACCAGGCAUCUCCGACCGACUAUACCAGUACAAACACCAACCAUGAAGCUCACACUCAGUUCGCUUACGGUACCACCCUCACCAGUGUUGAACACGACUUUCAUAGCCGCCGGACAGGAGGUAGCUCUGUGGGAUGAAAGUCAGCUGCCGCCACUACAGUGCACUUCGAACAGGGAGGCGGAAGCUCUGGCAUGUGACGUUCAGCCCAUCUGCAACUGCCAACCAGCAGAAGACACCGUCAAUUGCGUCUGUGUCGACCAGAACGUCACUGAAAUCUUCACUGAUGCACGGCGAAGACCUCCCAUACGAAGAUCAUGGAUUGCUUUCGAGAGCAUGGCCAAAGGGCCACGAGAUGCUACAGUCCGCGCAAUCGUGUCCAGUCUGUCCACGGCAGAACUGCUUCUGACCAUCAAGGAAGACUUCGAUACCACCGAGAAGGAAGUCACAGACACGAUAUGCACGAUCUAA